AUAGCGUCACUAAAUUAACAAAUUCAAAGUCAAUACUUACGUUAAGUCGUAUUUGGAUUAUUGAAGAACAAAAUAAAUUCAACAGUUCUUUUUAUUAUCAAAUGUAGUCUUGAAAACACAAAUUAUGUGGCAAACGAAAAAUUUACUCAGGUUAGGCGAUUUGUUUAUUUUUGUGCGUGCAGACCUUAAUCUACCAACGACAACUUUCGUACUGAAUAUAAGUGUUCUGCGCGGACGCAGAAAUGAUGUGUAGCGCGCCAGGCAACUACAUCUUGCGGAGCUGCUGAAAUUUAA